GGUACUUUUACAAUGGCUUUGGAAGUAGAGCACGGAAACAGAUUACUAAGAAAGUGAUUCAUCAAAACUCACAUAGGCCGGGAGUAAAAAUAAUAGAUCCCUGACGAUGAAAAAUUUAGUGAAGAGUAAUGAAAAUUUAAGCUUACUAAGAAGAAAUGACAAAUUGGUAAGAGAUAUAAUCAGUGUUUUAGAAAUAUAAUCAUCCCCAAAUAAUUCCCUAUCUCAAGUGAUUAUCAAUGAUACUUUAAAAUGACAUAUUAAUUAGUUUUGAUUAGUUAGUUGACUGAGUGAAAUCUUAUUUUGGAUUUAUUAAUACUUGGGAAAUCAUUUUAAUAGGUUUAAGCUAUGCGAAGUGAAGUAACCAUGAGAAUAGUUCAUAGUUCAUAAUCUUUUAAUAAAGCACAAUUAUUUUAUCACCUUUAUUAAGUGAUUGGUUAUAGUAGUAGAGAGUUUACUAGAAAAACCACAGCUUCAUUGCUUCCACAAGCUAUUGAGUUUAAAUUAGUCGGAAAUCCGAAACCAAUCGAUUUCGCCAAUUCGCUACAUAUAUUUUCAAAUGCUGUCAUCGUUUGUGUAUAAAUGCAAACUUUUGAUUCAUGUGGUGUAUCUUGUAAAUCUGAUUAAAUUCCCUUCUUAUACUUUUUACAACCAGACGGUUCAAAUGAACCAUGUAUUGCUGCUUGUAAAAAUAAUACUGCUUUCGCUACUACACUACAAGAUAACCCGAUAUUACAGCCUGAAAAUAUUGAUCAACUGGCUCAUCAGCAGAAAAAAGAGUCUGAGGACAAAAAUAUUUGUCAACUAAUUACUAAUAACAUUAGUAAUAUUACCAAUAAAAUGGAAAUGGAUGCACUUACUACUGCUACAACAACAACAACAACGACUACUACUACUACUACUACUACUACUACUAAUAGUAAUAAUAAUAAUAAUAAUAAUAAUAAUGAUUCUGACGAUUAUUACAAGAUGAACAGUACAAGAAGAGGUAUUUGUUUAAUCAUUAAUAACAUGAUGUUUUGGCACUCGAAUUUUCAGGUAAGUUGUGAUUAAAAUCAAAUAUAAUUAAUGUUAUGAGUAAAAUGUGACUUUAACUACAUGAUUUAAUACAGCUCUUAAGAAAGAACCUCUUUAUUAAAUCAAAAAUUAUAGAAUGAGUCCAUGAAAGUGGAAAAUGUACUACGUAGAUAUAUCUUGGUUGUUCAAAUCUUUCCAUUGCUGUUGAUGACUGCAACUGAUCAGUCUGUUUUGGCAUAUGUGCAUCCUGUAUGGAUUACCUCUAUAUCACCAUUAAGUCACAAGUAUUGUGUAUGCUUUAUUUUUCUAAAUUUAUUUGAGCACAUAGACAUUGGUUCAAAGUAGGCACUAAAUACAUAUGCGUCACACAAUAACAAUGAGGUUGUGAAGAGAUAGAAAAUGUAAAAUGCGUAUAAUAAAAAGAAGUACAAUAACGAACGGAAAUUUGUGCAUGAUAGUGGAAUAAUAAUAAUAAUAAUAAUAAUAAUGAUAAUAAUAAUAAUAAUAAUAAUAAUAAUAAUAGGAGAGGCAAUUCAGUUAGCAAAGGCAUAACCAGGAAGAGUCCUUCCAGUUACAAAAGUAACGUCCAUUUUUUAUGAAGUAAAAUAAAGUUACAACAGGUUUGCCACUGGCUUCUAUUCUGAGCAAGAUCCGGUAACGUCUCUAGCCGGUGUUGCACCAUCUCUAGGACCACAACCAGGGAGUCCUGAAGUAGCAACAGAGGCCAGUCUUGUACAGCUUUCUAUCACAUCACGACACCAUGUCAUACACUGACCACCUCUCCGCUUUUUCCAACCAGUCCCAGAGUCGGCAAAUAAUGCACGACGUGGAAUUCUCCCGGCGACAUUCGUAGAACAUGUCCAAGCCACAGAGCUCGGUGUUUCAAUAUGGUGACACUAAUUGAAUUAUCGUCGCUCUACCUGAACAUAUGAUGCCGAACCUCUGCAUUACUAACAUGAUGUUGCCACUGGAUGUCAGCAAUCCUACGGAGACGACGAUGAUCAAACAAAGAGAUUCGCCUAACAUCCUCAACUCGGAGAGGCUAGAUCUCACGAGCAUGGAGCAAAACUGCUCUCACCAAUGGAUUGUUGGUCCGACCUUUUACAGCCAGACUAACAUCACGAAGGCGCCAAAGAUGGUCUAAAUCGGCAUAAGCCGCUCUGGAUUUUAUUAUACAUGAAUUGAUCUCACCACUCAUACCACCAGUAGCACUUGCGCAACUAUCUAGAUACACGAACUUCUCCAGUAAUUCUAUCUACUCACUACUCAAAGUGAGUGCAGGGUCCUGCCAGUCUUGUAAAAGCACUUUGCACUUCGAAGGUACAAAGCACAUGCUUUACCUACGGAAACUAAUUGACAACUGAUUAAGUGCUGAUUGAACGAUUUUAGUAUCAUCGCACAGUAAAAUAAUCUCAUCCGCAUGCUCAAGGUCAAAGUCUUCCUCUAUGCAACAGAUCCAUACCAUCAUUGCCUACUUUCAUCAGAGCGAAGUCGGGGAGGAAUAGUUAGAUUGAGCGACCCUGCUUACCCCAUUGCUUGGGUGGACAAUAGAGAGAGAUGGCCGUAUGAUUUCAGUCUGCCUGAAACGUUUGUAUAUAGGGUUUUCAGGAUGUUAAUCAAUUUCUCAGACACACCCUUCUUCAAUAAACAAUCCCACAGAACGGUCCUGUCCAACGAAAUGAAGGCGGCCCUAAUAUCAAGAAACACUAUGCUUGUUGGCCUGUGAUAAGUAUGGCGGUGUUCUACCAUUUGAUGGGGGGUGAAAACAUGAUCAAUACGCCCUCAACCAGAACAAAAACCAGCCUGCUAGUUGCGAGUCAAUCUCUCCUGGGUUUCGAACAAUCUACCAAUUAUAACGAAAACCAAUGGUUUGGACGCAACCGAAAGUAGACUUAUCACCCAACAGUGACAACUUUAGAUUCAUUCCAGGGUGUUGGGAUACUCUAAUUGCCGAGCCUCUGUAACCAACUCAAUCAGUUCCUUAACCAAAAGGUCAUCACCAUCUUUAAAAAGAUCCGGAAGUAAGUCAUCUGGACCUGGUGAUUUGUGGCACUUCAGGAUUUGGAGUUUCUUGCGGACCUCUGUUUCGUUAGGUGGAUCAGUCGUCACAGGCCAUGAAGAGUAGUACAGGCUGGUCUAUUUAGUCAGGGCAGCAGACAAGUCGAAUUAUUCCUCGAAAAACAGCCCAUUGUCCAAGACUUCCGGCAGUUACCGGAAGCAGCUGCUGUUUCCGGUUCACUAGCACGUCCGACCACCAGACUUAUAUGCAAUUUCACUACGUAAAAAUCUUCGUUUAUCCUCAAAUUCACGGUCACUUAGAGUAGACCGACAUGCUUUGAUCACUUGUAAGGAGCCUGUAGAAACCCAAUGCUUAUAAGCGGGACGUUUUACGAAGUCGUAAGCUACUUUACUCAACGUUUUUAUGGUAUCAUGAAGUUGCAGCCAAUGCACAUCUAAACUAUCAGAAACAACAUACUGUGGGAGAGAACAAACCAGAUCCUAGCGGAGGAAGAAAUCAGGAAGAAGCGGUGGAAGUAGAUAGAACACACAUUGAGGAAAGCAUCCAACUGCAUCACAAGGCAAGCCCUCACAUGUAAUCCUCAAGACCAAAGGAAGACAGUAAGACCAAAGAACACAUUACGCCGAGAAAUGGAGACAGAUAUGAGAAAAAUGGACAAAAUUUGGACAGAACUAGAAAGGAAGGCCCAGGACAGAGUGGGUUGGAGAAUACUGGUCGGCCUCCUAUGCUCCAUUGGAAGUAACAGGCGCAAGUAAGUAAGUAAUAGCUAACCUAGAAACUAGCUCGGCUCGAUACUUACUAGCAACAGAAGUUGCAACCAGCUUGCUAACAACAAUCCGUUGGUGGCGGUCACUUCAUUGGCCACUGAAAAGUAAGGUAAGAUUGGUGCAGACCAAGGCAUGGUCAGAGUCCAGAUAGGUACUCCAAAAGGAGCGGCAGUCUUGUACACAACCACGCCAGCGGUCGCUGAUCGCGAUGUGAUCAAUCUGAGUCCAGGCUUGGGAUGCAGAGCGAGGACGCCAGGUGGCACAUCGGCGAUGACCGUGCCGAAAGUUAGUGCUAGCCAGAAACAGGUUGUGGUCUGUGCACAGUUGCAGUAGACGGUCCCCGUUAUCUGACCUGCGACCAACGAGUCCCCAUCGGCCACCUAAACGACCCUCUUCUGUGCCUAGACGCCCGACCUGAGCAUUCAAAUCUCCGGCUAGUACAACAAUAUCUGUUGAACGCACUUUCUGUAGAAGAACAGAUAACUGGUGGUAAAACUCAUUCUUGAUUGCAUCCGGGCUGCAAUCUGUCGGGGCAUAGGUGGAGAUGACGAAAAGACAUCGUUUCUCACGCCGAUUUCUUCUCACUUUGAUGGAACUUUCCAAUCUAACAGCACAUAACCGACUGUUAAUGGGGAUCCAAUCGAUUAGUGCUGCCUCAGCUCUAGCGCUUAGUGCGAUACCAACGCCAGAAAAAUCAAACGACGAUGGAUGGACAACAGACGUCGACACCAAGACUUCAUAAAGACAUAGCCAACCCUAUCUAUUGUUUAACGUGCAUUAGUAUGCAAACGUUGAAGGAGGCCAGUUUGGAUGAUUUGAGGAAUUCUGUUUCAGCAAUCGUAGUCAGUGGUAGCAUUCAACUUUCAACCAGUCACUGGCUUGAGAUUGUUCAUACAGAACAUAAUUUCCACCAUAGGUGAGCUGCUGCAGAAGCUGAAAAAUAAAAAAAAUACGCAAAAUGGGGAUAAAAGGGAGUAGAUAAGUGAUGUAGUAUAAAAGAAACGAAAAAAUGUUACCAACUGAUUGUGAGUGAAAUUUGUCUGAAUGAGUGUUGAAGCAAGAGUAAUUUUUCCAGUAGUAAUCAUCAUUUGGUUUGUAUGAGGUCCGAGACAUUGCUCGGACUCCCAAACCGAAGCAGGUGAUUUUCUUAGGGGACUACUCACCGAGUUUUUGACCUAAAGGUCUAAUCCACAAGGCAGUGGAACGACGCUAGACGAUGCAGUCCCAUGGUGGCUGGUGACCAACAAUAGGUUCAUACACCAUUUGUUUCCUCAGGAUCCUGGGGCCUAUGUGCACCAUUGGUUUGGAAUCAGGGUUUUCCGACUCCCCUAGGUGGAAUCUCCGUGUCCACCAACCCGGUUAGAGCGCCGGACAUCCUCUUCUCAUCCAUCCACAACCACUAAUAACCAGAAAGCACUGGUCAGCUUUUUCAUUCUAUCACGAAACUCAUUAACAGUGAAGAUAAUUAGGCAACAAACUCCAAGAAUUUCAUAGCUCUCAGCUUGUGAAUAGCCUUCAAACCACCGAGUUAGUGUCUAAUGGUGUGGAUCUUUAGCUUCAGUCAAUUUGUGCAUGACACUACGCUAUUAUCAUCUAUUACUAUUAGGGAUAUCUAUAGUUUAAUAAAUGCUCCUAAUCAGUUCGUAUUUAUUUAUUGAAAUAAAAAGUAAACAAAUAAGUUACCUUAUCAAAUGUGUGUGAUCUGAGAGAAAUUAUCCACAAAAGACAGAAACCGAUAAGCCAUUGGAAUUUAUGAAGCACUGAGCGUGCUUUCACUAUAUUAAGAAUCGACUGAGAUUGGAAAAUACGAAUCAUUGCUUUUUGACUUCAUAAUUGGAUGGUAUCAUUUCUAGCAAAUGAACUGCAACUUUCAAAUCCUAUAACGUGUAAAAUCACGAUUAUUGUAUCAAUAAAUAAUUUCAGGCUAGGUUGAAGCAUCCAACUGAUACGUUUUAAUGUUUGGAAAUAAUUCAAAUUAUGCUCAUCUGUGAUGAAAAGAUUGUUCAAUUUAAUGUCUCAGAAAAAUAUUGCAGUCAAAAUCGUUCUGGCUGUGACACUGAUGAGAAGAGUUUGGAAAAUGUUUUCGGAUCAUUUAACUUUUUGGUGAAAUUACUUCGUAAUCUAUCAGCUGGUGAAAUACAAGCUCAACUGGAACACUUAGGAAAGAAAACAGAUCAUCACGAAUAUGAUUGUUUAGUAAUAUGCCUUAUGUCACAUGGAACUAUUGGUCGGAUAUAUGGAGUUGAUGGAAAUUCUUUAUCAAUACAUGAAUUAACUUCCAUAUUUACAGCUGAUAAUUGCCCUUCUCUAGCUGGUAAACCAAAAUUAUUCUUUAUUCAAGCAUGUCGUGGUGAAGACUAUCAAAAAGGCUAUGUUAUACAGAAACAAUCAAAUGAAACUACUCAAACUAAAAAUGAUCUAACUGAUCAAGAGGAUGUUGAUAAUUUUAUUCAACAUCAGUCAUCCAGUUUAAAUCUAAGACUAUCCGUUUCUGAUGCGAAAUUUAUCGGUUUCAAAUUAGACAAUUUACUCCAUAAUUCUAUACCACUUCAACUGAAUAAUGUACAGUUAAUUCCCACUUAUGCUGACUUUCUACUAAGUUAUGCUACUGUUGCUGGUUUCCGUGCACAAAGAGAUCCAACCGGUGGUACUGUUUAUAUUCAGGCAUUAUGUAAACGAUUAUAUAAAGGGUUACAAGAUGAAAGUAUUCUUGAUAUAGUUACAGCUGUACAUCGUGAAGUUAGUAAACAGUUAUAUCAAGAGACAUCUUGUCAGUUAAUGAAAACAAAUGGUGAAUUAUUUCUUCAAGUUCCUGAAGUUAGACAUACACUAACAAAGAAAGUUUGUUUUAAACGAUAAAACAUGAAAUACAGUUUUCUUCUCAAGAUUCUUCAUUACUAUUUACUUAAAAUCAAUAAUAACAAUGAUGUUAAUUGUAUUAAUAUGGAACUAUUAAUUAAUUGAGAAAACAAAUUAUUACAUCU